AUGGCCUUCAACCCAGCUUACGAAACAAGGCGAAGGGUGUCUGUGCGCCACACGGCCCCAGAAGAAACAGAGUCAGCGGUGCUUUCGGAGUCACAGUCCCUGUGGGUCGUAUUCAAUCCAGAUAGACUAGACAACGACGUGAUUCUGUUCUCCACAACAAACCCACUCACCACAGAAGGCUCUGGCGAGGCUGUGUCUGAAAGUGGCAGCGAGUGCAGCGAAGAAACAGACAACGACGAUCUUAUCGAUGAGGUUCAGCCGUCCCUCUCCUCCCGUAUAGACCAAUGGCAAAACGCCACGGACGCCGCCGUGUCCGACAACAUUGCCUCGUGGGACUUGGACCUGGACUUGGUCAGCCAGCUUCUAGACGCAUCGAUUCUCCGGCGUGUGCCUGCCUUCUACGGCGACCACUACUUUGAGAAGAUGUCCAAGGCCGAAUACGCCCGGUUCAAGCGGGCCAGCGCCAUCUUGCGCAAGCUGCUUUCCAAGAAGGGCGCCCCUGUUGACAAGGACCUCAUCACGCGGUUGCUCCAGGUGCUACAGUGGCAGAAUCUCCUCAGCACGCUGGGCACGUUGGUGAACGACUACAUUGUCAAUACAUUGGCGCGCACGCAACCCACAGUGGGGUUCCGUGACGUGGAGUACUCCGACACAGCGACGCUGAGCUCGAUGGUGAUGUGUGGCGGCGGCCUGCUGUGGAACGAUAUAUAG